GGGAACUUCAGUCACCCAUGGGCUGGUUUCCCAACCAGGCACAAGAUCCGCAGUGAAGAGAGCCCAAGAGAGAGCCGGGAGAGUUCUGAAGAGAACCACAAGUGUGCAGCCUUAAGCACAAUCUGGGACUCUGAGCCACCACCAGUGCUGCACCUCCCACCUCCUCACCUCCAGUCAUCAAGCUGUUCAAAGAGUCAAGGAGUCAAGGAUCCCAAGGAGUCAAGAUGGAAAUAUCUGAGGCAGCGGGAAUAGCUGAGGAAGAACAACCAGCUCCCCUGCCCAGAGCACAAAUGGCUGGUGAAUUAAAGCAUCUACUGGCCCGCUACUUGGACCAACUAAAGAAGGAGGAGCUACAGGAGUUUCAGCUUUGGCUCUCUGAUGACACACCCCUUGGGAUCCUUUCUGCCACUGAAACAGCAGCUCAAGCACAGAAGAUAAGUGGAACAGAGGUGGCAUCAGACUUAGUGGCUGAGUAUGGGGAGCAGCUGGCAUGGGACUUGGCCAUCAAAAUCUGGGAGCACAUGGGCCUGACACUUCUCUGUGAUAAGGCCCGGGAAGAAGCAUACUUGAUGUUGGGGAUUCACGGAUCAGAGAAAGAGUCUUUGACAGAGCGAACUCCACGCAGCAGAGGAAUUGUAACAUUCGAUUUUCCUGAGAUGAGUGAGAUAUUCUGGCCAACAGAGUCCUGGAAAAAUAAAUAUUUUUGUGAAAAAUUCGCACAGCUGCUACUUCUACAUACAACUCACAUAAGAGAUAAAGAAUACCUGGCCAGGGAAAACUGGAUUCAUGACUCAGUACUGGAGCAAGGAGAUUUGAUUGAGAUUGAAGACUUAUUUGGGCCUAGCUCAGGUACCCAGAAAGAACCUCACACAGUCAUACUGUAUGGGGCUGCUGGAAUUGGAAAAUCAACCCUGGCCAGGCAGGUGAGAGGAGCCUGGGAGGAAGGCCGGCUAUACAAGGACCGCUUCCGGUAUGUCUUCUAUUUCAACUGCAGAGACUUGACCCUGUCCAAGGUUAACAGCCUGGAGGAGCUGAUUGCAACAGACUGGGCUUCCACUGAAGUUCCCAUCAGGGACAUCCUGUCUUGUCCAGAACAGCUACUCUUCAUCCUGGACAAUGUGGAUCAGCCAAUAUCAAACUUGGAGGAUCUCGAUUCUGAGCACCAUCCACAGGGCAGAUAUUUACAUCCAGCACCUCCAGUGCUAGGCCAUUUACUAGGGGCAGUCUUACUUUUCAGGGCUUUCUUUCUGAUCACAGCACGGACCACAUCUCUGGAAAUGUUCCCUCAUGCUUGGGAGGAGCCACGUUGGGUGGAAGUCCUAGGUUUCUCUGAGUCUGGAAGGAAGGACUAUUUCAAGAAAUACUUCACAGAUGAAAGCCAGUCAAUUACAGCAUUUAGUGUGGCUGAAGCAAACCCAUUGCUCUUGGCACAGUGUCUUGUGCCCUGGGUGUGCUGGCUGGUCUGCACCUGCCUGAAGCAACAGAUGGAGCAGGGAGAAGUACACCCCCUGACCUCUCAGGCCACCACAGCCCUCUUUCUCCACUGCCUCUCCCAGGCUAUCCCAGCUCAGCUCCAAGAGAUCCAGCUUAGGUGCUUGUGCUCUCUGGCUGCAGAGGGCAUCUCGCAAAGAAAGACUGUCAUCAGUGCAGAUGACCUCAGUAGGCACAAGUUAGAAGGGGCUGUCAUCACCACCUUCUGGAAGAUGGGCUUUCUUCGAGAGCACCCCACUGCUCUGAGCUACAGCUUCACUCAUCAGUGUCUCCAGGAAUUCUUUGCCACAGUGUACUGUGUGUUGGAAAAUGCAGAGGAAAAAAAUGAGUAUAAUUUCAAUCUCAGAUUGAUGACAAAAUUGCUAAAAGUUCAUCUAUUCAGAACACCAAUCUUGUGCUUCCUGUCUGGCCUUUUAAGUGAUCAGGGCACCAAGGAGAUGGAGAAGAUCUUCUCCUGGCGGGCACCUCCUGUACAGAAGUGGCACCUGCUACAGUGGGUUAAAGUGGAGACCCUAUAUAAGCCACAAUACUCUCUGAGCUUCCUCCACUGUCUGUAUGAGACUCAAGAUGAGGAGCUCCUAACACAAGAAAUGGCCCAUUUCCAGGAAAGAAGGGUGUGUGUCCGUACAGAUAGGGAACUCCUGCUGGUCACUUUCUGUGUUAAAUUCUGCAACAACCUGAAGUGGCUUCAACUGAAUAACAGUGAAGUGCAGAAAGGAGAACGGAGACACCCCGGGAUAGUUGUAUCCACGUGGGCACCACUCACUGAUGCCAGUUGGAAGGUUCUCUUCUCUGUUCUCCAGAUCACUGGCAGCCUGGAAGAGUUGGUGCUAACUGGAAAUCCACUGAGUCUGUCUGCUGUGCAGAGUCUUGGUGAGACCCUGGGUCACCCUCGCUGCCACCUGAAAACCCUGCGGCUUGUUGGCUGUGGCCUCACAUCCACUUGCUGCCAGGACCUGGCCUCCGUGCUCAGCACCAGCCCCAGCCUCAGUGAGUUAGACCUGCAGCAGAAUGACCUAGGAAGCUAUGGUGUGCAGCUGCUCUUUGAGGGUCUCAGGAAUCCCACCUGCCAACUCACACUACUAUGGCUGGACCUCACCCUUCUGAAUGAGGAGGAACUAGAGGCCCUGAAGCAAGAGAAACCACAGCUGCUCAUCUCCAGUAGACGUGUUCACUUCCCUGAGGCUGGCUACUACCACUGGCCCCACACGGGUCUCAGCUUUCAAGUGAGAAGGGACGUGACUGUGGAGAUUGAAUUCUGUUCUUGGGACCAAUUCCUGAGCACAAAUGACCUACAGGACACCUGGAUGGUGGCAGGACCUCUCCUUGACAUCAAGGCUGAGCAGGGAACUGUGGCCGCUGUGCACCUCCCUCACUUUGUGGCCCCUGAAGGAGAACAUGUGGACAGAUCUUUGUUCCAAGUGGCUCACUUCAAAGAGGAGGGGAUGUUCCUGGAGAAGCCAGCCAGAGUGGAGCCACAUUACACCGUCCUAGAAAACCCCACCUUCUCCCCAAUGGGAGUUCUCCUGAAAAUAAUCCCUGGUGCUCGGCGUUUCAUCCGCAUUACCUGCACCACAUUGCUCUACCAUCACAUCCAUGCUGAGGAAGUCAAAUUCCACCUCUACCUGAUCCCCAGCGACUGCACCAUUCAGCAGGCCAUAGAUGAUGAAGAAAAGAAGUUCCAGUUUGAGCGAAUACACAAACCACCCCCAACAGAUCCACUUUAUGUGGGAUCCUGCUAUAUUGUGUCUGGAUCAGGAAUGCUGGAGAUUAUGCCCAAGGAACUAGAGCUCUGCUAUCGAAGCCCCAGACAACCCCAGCUCUUCUCUGAGAUAUAUGUUGGGUGUUUGGGUUCAGGAAUCCAGCUGGAAAUGAGAUACAAGAAAGAUGAGACAGUUGUAUGGGAGGCCUUUUGAAACCAGGAGACCUGAAACCUGCAGCCUCUCUAUUCCCUCCAUCUGCCACAGCCUCAGUGCUACUUCAAAAUGCCCUAGCCUCGCUGCACUUCGUGGACCAGCAUCGGGAGCAGCUGGUGGCCCGAGUGACUUCCGUAGACUCUGUAUUAGACAGGCUGCUGAGUAGACAGGUGUUGAGUGAAGAGCAGUACACCAGUGUGCGGGCUGAAACCACCAAGCCAAGCCAGAUGCGGAAGCUGUUCAGUUUCAGCCCAUCUUGGAAUUCUGCCUGCAAAGACAAACUUUAUGAAGCCCUGAGGGAGAUCCACCCUCAUCUGAUCAUGGAUCUCUGGGAAGGAGGUGGCAGAAUGUCAGGCGACUCCUAAUAUCUCAGGAGCUGAGGUCUGAGUAGGUACCUUUGAGUCCUGUCUCUGCAUGACUUUUCUCUGGGCCUCCGUUUCUUCACCUACAAAAGUUGCCAUCUGAAUUUCCCACUAGCUCUAAAGUUAAGACAAUACCUGUGCAGAAGACCAUAUGUCCACCCCCAGGGAUGCCUCACAGGCAACCUGAUGGCUCCUUUGGCUCUCACAGACCAGAUGUCCAGGUGUGAUAGCAGCAUCUCGAAGAAUGUUCAUCAGGAGUGGAUAAGACUCCCGCAGACCUUGUAGAACAGGGUCUCCUGCCCAUAGCACCAAGCCAGAACAUUUCCAUCCCAUGCAGAUGGAGACAGGAAUAUGAAGGACAUGGGAGUGUCCAUCUCUGCCCAGAGAAAACAGUGAAAAUAACAUAUGUUCUUGGGUGCCAUGUUUGGCUACAAAUAGAGGGAAAAAUGUAUUUAUUAGU